CCUAUUCUCUGUAAGGUUCCAGAGAUAUGACAUAUCAUCAUGCUUUGGAAAUAUUCCACCUCAGAGGAGCAUUUCGGAGGACCUUCAGGCAGUUUUCAGUAUGUAAGCAGUGCUUGAACUAUAGUGUUUACUCCCAUGUCUGAAGGCUCCUCGUCACUGAACCAUGGAGGAAUGUGGACGACAGAUUUGUACUUUGAAACCUUUAUUAUGAAUCAUGGAGGAGAGCGGCUCAUAUCUGACGCCUGAAUCCAACCAGAGCACAGCUGCCUGGGCUCCGGCGCCCUCUGCCCCCAGCAGACAGCUGGGCACUGCUCCAAACCCCCAGACGCAGUUCAAGGACGUGACGGGGAUGUUUUUCAUGGUGACCCUGAAUGUCUUGGCGCUCUUGGCCAACACCGCCGUGCUGGUGGUUGUCAUCAAAGCCUCCCACCUCAGGAAGUUCACCUUUGUGUGCCACCUGUGCGCGGUGGACCUGCUGUGUGCCAUUCUGCUGAUGCCUCUCGGCAUCGUGUGCAGCUCGCCGUACUUUGCCGAUGUGGUGUUCACCGUGCUGGAGUGCCAGGUCUACGUCUUCCUGAACGUGAUCCUCAUAGCCGCCUCCAUCUUCACCAUCACGGCCAUCAGCGUGGAGCGCUACUACUACAUCGUCCACCCCAUGCGCUACGAGGUCAAGAUGACGCUGAAGCUGACCGCGGCGGUGAUGGCGACGGUGUGGGCAGCGGCCGCCGUGCUGGGCCUGUCCACGGUGUUUGGGUGGUCGUCCUACGGCAGCCUGAGCUCCGUCAGUGCCGCUCGCUGCUCCCUGCACUGGAGCCACAGCGACCACAGGCGCAUUUUCUCAGUGCUCUUCAGCAUCAGCUGCUUCUGCCUGCCGGCCGUGGUGAUUUUCGCCGUCUACUGCAACGUGUACAAGGUGGCCCGGGUGGCUGCCCGGCAGCACGGGCCCCUGCCCUCCUGGACGAACAGUCAGCACAAGCACCGCUCUGACUCCAUAAACAGCCAGACCACUAUUAUCACAACUCGCAACGCUCCCCGGAGGAUCAUGCGCGACCGGCCCUUCGGCGGCGGAAAGGCCGCCCUCACCCUGGUCGUCAUCGUCGGCCAGUUUCUGAUCUGCUGGCUGCCUUACUUCGCCUUCCACUUCCACUUGAUACUGGAAGCAACGCCGCACAUCCCCGACGGUCUGGGGGAAGCAGUCACCUGGCUGGCCUACUCCUCCUUCGCCAUCAACCCGUUCUUCUACGGGCUUCUCAACCGGCAGAUCCGGGAGGAGCUCUGUAAGCUGAGGCGCUGCUACGCGGCGCGGCCGGUGGAGCUGGCCGUGUCCAGCCACGAGGGCUCAGGCCACGAGAACUUCAUGCAGUUCCUCCACAGGACCAGCUGCACGCUAGAGACGCGUGCGAGCUUCGCCACGUCCAGCCCCAGGAGCACUCUGGACCAAACCGGGCAGGCUGGCUUCAGGAUACCGGGGCAGAUCCCAGAGGAGUUCACAUAG